CGCAGCGCUGUAAUCUGUGUGUUCAGUUUCGUCCGGGUCAGGUGCCAGACCUGUCAGUGUCGAGUGAAGCCGCUCUUUGGUCCUGCAGUUCCUCCGCCGCUGGAAUGAAGAAAGGCAGCUUGGAGAGAAGGCGCCAUGUGGUGGCCUGGAUCAACAAGGCGGAGUGGGAUCAGGUAAUGGACUAUCUCUAUUCCAAGGAUCCCGCCCUGCAGAGGUUCGCUCUGCAGAGGGUGUCCGCCUGGAGGGGGAGGUAUGCCCACAGCACUCCCGUGGCUGUGGACUGCACGGCCGACCUAGUGCGGUGCCAGGUGCUGGACCGGUCCGGACAGCUGGACGGAGACGAUCUGGUCUUGCUUUAUGGGGCGGCACUGGUCCGGUUUGUGAAUUUGAUCACUGAGAAGCAGCAGGGAAGGAAAGCCCGGCCCCUGAGGCGGCUGGCCGGGAAACUGAACAUCCCGGAGUGGGUCGUGGACCUGAGGCACGACUUCACCCACAGAAAGCUGCCCACCCUGAAGUGGUGUCGGAAGGGAUGUGAGGUGGUUCUGGAGUGGCUCCAGCAGGAGUAUUGGUCCAAGCAGUUGGGAGGGGGUGCUGAUGAGGACUGGGAGUCGCAGUCCGAUGGAGAGGAUGAGGAUGCUGACCUGAAGCGGCAGGAGGAUGAGCUGCUGACCAGGCAGAAGGAGACAGAAGCCUACAAGGCUGCCCGGGACUUCCUGAUCUCCUAUGAAAAUGAACAGUACAAGUGUUUGGACGGGAUUCAGGAAGACAAGUGGCUGUCUCCCUUUGCAGACAUGAGCUGGUUACUGGGUGAGAUCAAGCAGUUUUCUUUGGAUUCCAGUGAUCUGCUAGUGGAUGUGUUGUUGGAGGAUGGGUUUCUGGUUCCAACAGCCGAACAGCUGGAAACAUUAGGCUGUGACCUUUCUGAGAUCUCCAGCCCGUCUGAACCAAGAAUCCCUCAGAUCUUCCUGCGGUUCUGGCUACCCCUGCUGAAGAUGCUCAAUUCAUCCUCAUUCGUCCACCUGUUUCUGGAGAAGCUCUUUAUGGAGUUGAAGGUGCUGACCAACGAGCAGAAAGAUCACAGGGUGUUCUACAUUUCUGCUUGGGCCUCAGAGAUCAUCCUCUGCAACAGUAACAGGUUCGAGUACCGUUUUGAAAGGAAGAUGCAGAAGAAGGCCCGGAUGAACUACAGGAUUUUCGUGAACCGCAUCCAGCUGCGGUGGCAGCAGCUCCUCACAGCCUGUCUUGAUGCUCCCUGCAUCUGCACACCUCACCUGCUGCAGUUAAUCCUGGAUGACAUGGACCAUCCCCUGCCUCAGGAAACCCAGCAGAAACUGCUUCAGCUCUGCUCCAUCUACACGCAGACCUCAGACAUGGAUUUUAGCCUUUCCAAGGAGCAGAAAAAUCAGCCCAUAUACACUCUGGAGAGUUUGCAUGAGAAGCAGCACAGUCAGCUGAGGCGCAACUCUGAGAGGAGCGAGUCGUCCAACGACAUGAAAUGGGCGGAUAUUCUGUCUGAAAAAGCAAAGUUGCUGAGAGGUUCUCCAUGGCAGGUGUGCUCUGAUAAAGUCUUAUGGAAGAACUAUCCUCUCGGUAAGGUUCCUGGACAGUCAGACGAUCCAUCGUGCCUCAUGACGGAAACUUAUUCAAUGAUGAUGGUCUCUGAUCAGCCGGUAGAUCUAGAGGGCAGCAGGAGGCAGAACGCCCAGGGGGUCUCUGGACCCGCUAGAACCGCAGAAGGUCUCCUCUGGAACCAAAGUGAUGUUAACAGACUAAAAUCUGGACUCAAGCUGUUUUAAGUUGUGUUAUGAAGCAGAGAAACAAGCUGGAAAGUAUGUUCAUUUCUAGUCAGUCACCGUAUAGCUGCAGGCGACAGUUCGAUUCAUCAUUAACUGAUUUUGCUGACCCGAUUUGAGUUGAAGUGCCACAUGCCACAUCCUAAAAUCAACAAAAAUCUUUCAGUUUACCUUUCACAUCACAUCUUCACUUACAAAAUGGUGGAAUUGUUUUAUCCACAUUGAAAAGCCUCCGACUCUGCUACACAGUUAUAAACAUAAUCUGUUUAUGGUAUAAAUGUUACAGCUGAACAAUGUCAGUAUAUCUCGGCAUACUGUGUGGAGAUAUUGAACAUGUUCUUUAAUUAUUCCCUGCUUUGGCUGUGUAGGGAAUUUGACGUUAAAAUGGUUGGUUACUGGUGAUGUGUUCAGUGACUUUUGUAGAGAAUAAAAGUUUUGUUUGUUUUUGUAUUCAGUCCUUUAACAGGAAUAAGAUUUAGUUGAAAACAGAGGGUCUGGUGUAAUUAAUUUUCUUUUUACACUGUGGAAUAAAUUUAGUUUUUUCUAUACAA